UACUCGGUCUAUCACCUUUUUUUUUCUGGUUAGUUUUAGGGUGAUUUUAUUUUUGGGUGUAAAUAAAAAGUCAAGAAAUAGGAUUCAGCAUAUAUGAUAUUUGAAAUGGGUGGUACUUAGGAUAAUUGGGGAUAGAAAUUAUGGGAUGGGAAAUAAGAAAAACCAAAAAAAUGGGGUCUCGAUUAACAAAGAAUUUCAACGAAAGUUUUCCAACAGAUAUAAUUUCAGACAUCUUAACUCGUUUACCCACCGAAUAAGUAUUAGAAUGCAAGUUAGUCUGCCAAACAUGGAAGAAUCUCAUUCAAUAUCCAUCCUUUCCCCAACUGCACUUAGCUCGUCUCAAUCAUCCAGAUUCGAUCGAUUCAGUGACAAAAGAAUACCUUUCUUUGGUGGUGGGAUUUUGUAUUAUGCUUUUUGUCAAUCCUUUCGGCAACGUGACUUUGAUGAUGUGUGGCUGCUAAUGAAAAAGAGUAAUGAUGAACAAGAAGGACACCAGUCAUGGGGUUGGAGUAAAGUGACUAGUCUUGAGCAAAGUGAACCGUUUGCCUUUUUUGAUGAUAGCAGCACCGUUUUACGUUAUGAUGAAGACACUAAUAAAGUAUUUCGCUCAACAACUUGGGAAAAGCUUGUAUAUGUUAAUGCAAUAUCUUGUCAAGUAUUUCCACACAAGCAUACCUUAGUUUCAUUGAAAGAUAUGGGCGAAGAAGGUGCAACGAAAUCACAGAGAACUAGCGGACAAAUCAACUGUUAAAAACUGGUAAGUUUCAUUUAGCUUUUGGAAGUCAUAAUCUUAUGCUUAGAUAUUUAAAUGGGUUUUAUUUUGAAAUUGGUUAACAAGGGACCUCUUUAUUAACCUAAAACUAUCGACAGUUAUGUAUCAAUACCUGCGAGUAUGUGUUUGUAUCUUUAAUCCCAACUUUAUGUGAGUGUUCUUUCAUAAGCAGUCACUCUUUAUUGCUUUGCUAAUUGCAUUUGUUAGUCGCUUGACCUAAUUUCAAUGAGAGAAUGUGAUGCAUGCUUUAGUACUUUGUUUCAUUCAUUGAUCAGAUUCGAGUAAGCAUAUGCAGGCGAACGGCGAAAGUGAGAGCAUUCGCAUCAGUACAAGUUAUUCUGUUUGAUUCUUACUUCUUAGUAUAGUAUGUUGGUACUUGGUAGAUAAUUAUCAGGAUCCAAUUUGAAGCUUUUCUAAUUUGCCUCUGUUUCGAUAUUGGGAGUUGCAAUAGUGGUAGUGUUUAAGUGGAAGUAAUUUUAGUAAGCAAUAGGGAAUCUCAUAAAGCAUGGUGGGUAUUCUUAGUACCGAAAUUGAAGGACUUCGACCUGCUCUAUUAUUAUCAUCAGUAUAAUAGCUGCGUUGGUAAUCUUUUUAGAUAAACUAGGAGGAAAAUAACUCCAUGAACCGAGCAUUAAUCCUACUGUCUUCGUAGGUGAUAGGGUUUACAUUGGUGUUUUGUUUUGCUUGGCUUGUCAGUUGUUCCCAUUGUCUUUUGUUGUAGUUUUUCUUUCUUCUUGUGAACAGAAGUAGGGUAGCUUAGUGUUUACUUUAGUAUCAGGAGACCCAGAAUCAGUAUGCCUCUGAAUACUCAUAGUUUAUUCACAGUUUUAGAGUGGUGAAGUUUUCUGCUGACAAUGUAGCAAAAAAGGGGAGUAGUCUGGCAAGGCUGAGGUAAGUGUAUAUAAUAUGGGGCCUGCUUUCUUAGUGAGAUUAGAAUCUCCCCGUCAACACUCUCAGAGUCUGUAUCUGUAUAGCUUGUUUCCCUUCAAAUUUCUUUGUUUUAGCUGUGUCCUUUAUUUGAGAGCUGUUUGUUUGUGGGUGCCCAUCUUCGAGGUUUCCCUUGUUUAGUUGGUACGUGCUUUUUCUAUAAGUUGCACUGUUGUGCUUUCUUGUAAUGUUUUGCGAUUUUGGCUGUUAAUGUAAAAUGAUUAAGCAAAAAAAAAAAAAAA